AUGCACUUGUCUCUGGUAGACCAAGUUGUUCUACCGCAACAGCAAAGCACUAGCUUAGCAAUAAGCACAGUAACAACGGUUAGCGCAGCUCUCACAACAACAAAUACAACCACGAACUCAGCAAUGACAGCGGUUUCACAACGCAGUUCACCCACACCUGCACAAACGGCAAUUUCGGCACCAGCCCAAGCCAAGCAACGCAGCUCAGCGCAAGUUGACCUACUUAAUCCAACAACCCGUACAUUGACUCAAACGGGUAUUGAUAGGUAUAUACAAGUCAAACGAAAAUUAAGCCCACAGCAGCAAAAAAUUUCAAAAACGAAAACCACUGACAUUAACCCUCUACUGGGAAAUCAGUUUGCGAUUCUGGACAAUGAAUGUGACAAAGAGCCAAAUCAAGUUUCUAAAGCCAAACCCAAACCGCCUCCAAUUUAUUUACGAGAGCAAAACUGUAGUGAGCUCGUGAAUAAAUUAACUCAGCUUAUUGGAGACAAUACAUUCCACGUAACGUCAGUUACCAAGGGCAACAUUAAAGAGACCGAACUUCAGAUUCUAACUGAAGAAAAUUACCAGUUGUUAACCAAACACCUUAAUGACGAUAAGAAAAACUUUUAUACGUACCAGCUCAAAAGCAGCAAAGGACUGGAAGUAGUAAUAAAAGGUAUAGAAUCAAGUGUACCCAUUGGUGAUAUUGCUCAUGCUCUAGAGAAGGCAGGAUUCGCUGUUAAAACUAACUAG